AUGCUCUGUGACCCUGUGAUGCAAAGAGCCCCGGGGAAAGUGCUGCUGGACGCAGUCUGCAACCACCUCAACCUCGUGGAAGGGGACUAUUUUGGCCUUGAGUUUCCCGACCACAAAAAGAUCACGGUAAGUGAUGGGAAGUUAAUGAAAGGGGGUAACUCCUGUUGUUUCUCUUCACAGCAAAGAGCCCCGGGGAAAGUGCUGCUGGACGCAGUCUGCAACCACCUCAACCUCGUGGAAGGGGACUAUUUUGGCCUUGAGUUUCCCGACCACAAAAAGAUCACGGUGUGGCUGGAUCUCUUAAAACCUAUUGUCAAGCAGAUUAGACGGCCAAAGCAUGUUGUCGUUAAGUUUGUGGUGAAAUUCUUUCCACCUGACCACACACAACUCCAAGAAGAACUCACGAGGUACUUGUUCGCUCUGCAGGUGAAGCAGGACCUGGCUCAGGGCAGGCUGACCUGCAAUGACACCAGCGCGGCUCUCCUCAUCUCACACAUCGUACAGUCCGAGAUUGGGGAUUUUGAUGAAGCAUCAGACAGAGAGCAUUUAGCAAAAAACAAGUACAUACCUCAGCAAGAUGCACUAGAAGACAAAAUCGUGGAGUUUCACCACAAUCACAUUGGACAAACACCAGCAGAAUCAGAUUUCCAACUCCUGGAGAUUGCCCGUAGGCUGGAGAUGUAUGGGAUCCGGUUGCACCCGGCUAAGGACAGGGAAGGCACUAAGAUCAACCUGGCUGUUGCCAACACGGGAAUUCUCGUGUUUCAGGGUUUCACUAAGAUCAACGCCUUCAACUGGGCGAAGGUGAGGAAGCUGAGCUUCAAGAGGAAGCGCUUUCUCAUCAAGCUCCGCCCUGAUGCCAACAGCUCGUACCAGGAUACCUUGGAAUUUCUCAUGGCCAGUCGGGAUUUUUGCAAGUCCUUCUGGAAAAUCUGUGUUGAACAUCAUGCCUUUUUUAGACUUUUUGAAGAGCCCAAACCAAAGCCAAAGCCCGUUCUCUUUAGCCGAGGGUCAUCAUUUCGGUUCAGUGGUCGGACUCAGAAGCAGGUUCUUGACUAUGUGAAAGAAGGAGGACAUAAGAAAGUGCAGUUUGAAAGAUGGAAACACCGCAGCUCAAAGAGAUUGUGUUACUAGCCCACGUCACAGAGC